CGUUCUUCCCCAAAAAAACAGAAAAAAAAUUGGACGCAGAGAGAGAGAGAGAGAGUUUAGUUUAAAGGGAGAGAGAGAGAAAGAGCGAGAGGGUUUAUUUUUUCGGUGCAUGAGAGGGGGAGUAUAAAUCUUCUUCUGAUUAAUCUUCGCUGCCAACGGAGCAAGGAAACAACGCCGUUUUGAAGCCGAUAGUCAGAUCCGAGUGAGUAAGCGGAAGGGAGAAAAUGAGUGGCAAGGGAGGAGGAGGAGGAGGAGGCGGAGUCGGGAAGGGCAAUAAUGGAAUUUCGACCAUCCCGGCUGUGUGUAGGAAGAUGGUCCAGAGUUUGAAGGAGAUUGUUAACUGUCCUGAGACCGAGAUCUACGCCGUGCUUAAAGACUGUAACAUGGACCCUAACGAAGCCGUUAAUCGCCUCCUCACUCAAGAUCCUUUUCGUGAGGUGAAGAGCAAGCGAGACAAACGAAAAGAGAGUAAGGAUACCACGGAUUCCAGGUCUCGUGGAGCUGGUAACUCAAACCGUGGUGGUAGGGGUGGUGCUGAUCGAUAUUCUGGGCGCGCUGGUUCAGUCCAGUUUGGUUCUAGUGAGCCAGGCAGUUUGCAUAGUAAACCUACUUUUAAGAAGGAGAAUGGAAUACAUGGCUAUGCUGGUCCUUCAUCUUCUGCUGCUGGAUUGGUGGCAAAUAAUUGGCGACCUCAAUCCCACGGUGAUGCUGUGGCCUCAGAAAAUAAAGUAUUUACAGCGGUCCCAGGUGAUGGGAUUUCUUCAUCUUCGCAGCCUUCUUCUGGAGUUCAAUCUGCCUGGUUGGGUGUUCCUGGUCAAGUAUCAAUGGCUGAUAUUGUGAAGAUGGGUAGGCCACAAAGCAAGGCACCACCUCUCUACAAUGUUAAUAAUCACCAUGUUGUGGAACCCCCUUCAGCAGCAUCACAUCAUGAUAGGCAUUCAUCACAAGAUUAUCCUACCAAGGUGGCAGACAUAAACACUGAUAUAGGUGAUGCCAUGAUCCGGCAUGCUCCUCCCAAUGAUGAAUGGCCCUCAAUUGAGCAGCUGCCAAAUGUGUCAUCUGUCCUAGAGGCACCGGCACCCUCUGAGCUGUAUACAAAUCAAUCUAACUUGUCCCUGGAUAGUACUGAUCAACAAAUAAAGUCCCAGUUGGAUGAGGUUCAGGAGGAUGAGGAUGACAUUGAGGAAACUCUUAGUGCAAACCAUAUUGGAGCUGCCUCUGUAUCUAGUAGAAAUAUACCUGAGGAUAAUUCUGGAGGGUCGACUAUUUUUGAUAACAACUUGUACAAUAACAUGAGUUCCUACCAGUCUCACAGGCAUGCUUUUGAGCAUGAUGAAGCUGAAGAUAGUUCUUCAGUGACUGCGAAGCUGCAGCAACUUAAUUUACAGAAUGAGGAUCAAGGGCCACCACCUGAAGAGGAUAACCCCUCAGUAAUAAUACCAGAUCACCUCCAAGUGCAUACUCCUGACUGCUCACACCUGAGCUUCGGAAGUUUUGGGUCUGGCAUUGGUUCUACUUUUUCUGGGCCAUAUGCAUCUAGGCCCUUGAAAAGUAACUUGGAGGAGGUAUCUGAACCAGCAGAUGGGUCAUCAAUUGCUCACACUGAGACUAGAAAUCCUGAGUAUUAUGAAGAUGAGCAUCUCAGAAGCACCUCAGAUGCUAAUAUAGUACAUAGACCUAAUGUGACUGCUGGGGAUUAUGAUCAUCCUUCUGUUUCACAGCCAGAGUUGUUGAAACAGGAAACCCCUGAAGUUGCCCAGGAAGACCAAUAUGCAUUUCCUUCAUCUGCGCCUGGUUAUCCUUAUGAAAAUGCCCAGCAGUUGCAUACUGCGUUUCCUCCUCAGCAAGCAAGCUCUCAGAUGCAGAAUCUUGCUCCAUUCCCUAGCAUGAUGCCAUAUACCAAUUCACUGCCUAGUACCUUGUUGGCAUCAACUGUUCAAACUGUGAGAGAGCCUGACCUUCAGUACUCGCCCUUCCCUGUGGCACAAUCAAUGCCAACAAAGUACAGCAACACGGCUUCUUCCAUCAAUGGUCCAGCCAUUUCCAUGCCAGAGGCUUUAAGAGGAAGUAGUAUUUCUACACCUCAACCAAGUCCACAGACACUGCCAGGUGCUAGCACUGCUACAGGACCGGCUCUUCCGCAACACCUUGCUGUUCACGCUUUUCCCCAACCUAGUCUUCCUUUGGGGCAUUUUGCGAAUAUGAUCAGUUAUCCUUUUGUUGCUCAGAGUUACACGUAUAUGCCAUCAGCUUUUCAACAGGCAUUUGCUGGUAAUAGCACAUACCAUCAGUCUCUAGGGGCACCAGUGCUCCCACAAUACAAGAAUAGUGUUUCCGUCAGCAGCUUGCCUCAGUCUGCUGCUAUUCCCUCUGGCUAUGGGUUUGGGAGUUCAACCAACAUUCCUGGAGGAAACUUUCCUCUGAAUACGCCCGCUGCUCCUGCAGGCACAACAAUUGGCUAUGAUGAUAUUUUAAGUUCUCAAUACAAGGACAGUAAUCAUCUAAUCUCACUUCAACAGAAUGAUAACUCAGGGAUGUGGGUUCACGGACCUGGCUCACGGACAAUGUCAGGCGUACCACCUAGCACAUAUUACAACAGCUUCCAGGGUCAGAAUCAGCAGCCUGCUGGGUUCCGGCAAAGUCAGCAGCCAUCACAACAUUUUGGGGCACUUGGGUACCCAAAUUUUUACCACUCCCAGUCGGGAAUGUCGCUGGAACAUCAGCAGCAAAACCCUAGAGAUGCAUCAUCCCUCGGUGGCUCUCAAGCUCAACCGUCAAAGCAGACCCAGCAGUUAUGGCAAAACAGUUACUAAUCAAAAUCACCUCGUGGUUUUUCAGGGCAUUGCAGUGAGUUUGAAAGUGGGCAAUUAAAGGCGAAUUUGUUCAAUUGAAAAAUAAUUUAAAAUAUAUAUGGAAAAUUGGUGAUGGUCUGAAGAGACCUUGAGUGGCCGCUACUGCCCUGUACCAUGAGGUUGUAUUCUUAGUAUUUAUGGGUUGGUCAUGUUAACUUAGGAACAUUUACAUGUGUGCUAAUUUGGCUUAGUGGACUGCUCGUUCUUCGCCGCA